CCCGGAUCCAGUGAGGCUAAACUCGGCGGUCCAGUCCAAUCGACCUAAGCUCGUCUUCAGCCUCAGGUUCAACACCGAGGCGAGGCGACUCCGGAGUCCAGGUGUGGUGAAGGUAUGGACUGCAACUGCGUGAGUGACCUGCUGCUCACCCCCCCUGUCCCAGCCCUCUGGACCCCAGGCAUUGCCUUCCCGGACUGGGCCUACAAGCCCGAGUCGAGCCCCGGCUCGCGGCAGAUCCAGCUGUGGCACUUCAUCCUGGAGCUUCUGCAGAAAGAGGAGUACCAUGGGGUGAUCGCCUGGCAGGGAGAUUAUGGAGAAUUUGUGAUCAAAGAUCCAGAUGAGGUGGCGAGACUAUGGGGUAUCAGAAAAUGCAAGCCUCACAUGAACUACGACAAGCUGAGCCGGGCUCUGAGGUACUACUACAACAAACGGAUUUUGCACAAAACCAAAGGCAAGCGCUUUACCUACAAGUUUAACUUCAGCAAGGUGGUCCUGGUGAACUACCCUCUCCUGGACAUGGCCAGCUCCCCGUUCCUGCUCACCCAGAAUCACUUCAACAGCAGCUCCACAGGCCCAGACUGCAGCCCUGUCACACCGGAGGCUCUGCAGUCGCUGUUCCCGCGCCUGCCGGAGACGGCGAGGGGGGGCUCCCUGUUCGAGAGGGCGGGAGGCCCCGCGGGCCCUGAGGGGGACAAACUCAGACUGGACGCCUUUCCGUUCCUGAGCUCAGGUGCCCCUUGCUACUCCAAACCCCCCUCUCUGCUGGGCCCUUACCCUCGAAACCCACCCUUCGACUACCCCUGGGGUUUCAACCCCUACCUCCCGGGGGCGUUCUCCCUCAACAACUGCCCCAAACUGCCCUCCAGCUCCCUCUACCCCUCCCACUUCUACCCCAACCCGCUCCAGACCGGCCUGUCCCAGCUGCCCCACCCCUUCUCCUCCCUGCUGCCCCCCAGCGAGGCGGGGGAGCGGGCCGGGGGCCCGGCGGGGGCGCCCAACGGCACGGCGGGGGGUCCCAGACUGUGCCUGCCGCCCUACCCCGGGGCCCUGUCGCUGAGCAGGACGGACCUGGGGAACGGCUGCGGGGGCGAGCGCGGGGAGGCCCUCGCCCCGGGCGGGGCGCUGGGCCUGGGGCUGGGGCUGGGCCUGGGCCUGGGGCUGGGGGGGGUGGGCCUGGCCGGAGCCGCGGGCAGGCAGAGCCCCUCGGAGAGGCGAGGGGCGGUGAAGCAGGACCCCGAAUCCGACUCGGAGCUGGAGAUCACCGACCUGAGCGACUGCAGCUCGGAGAACGAGGCGGAGGCCGACUUCGCCGUCUCCAAGGAGACCAGGCUGAGCGGGAGGCCCCUGCCCCCCGAGGCCAAAGCCACGGCUGCCCUCCCGCCCCUCUCCUCUCUCCCCUGCCCCGCCUCGCCCCACCCUCCUCCGUCCCUCCCCCCGUCCCUCUCUCCUGCCCUCUCUCUGCUGGACCGACACAGGGAAACAGAAGCACUCAAAUCCACUCACAGCUAA